CGUCACACGGACGACCCGAAAGUUGCCUUGAGAACCUCGCCGGGUUUUUGAUUGGUUUAAAUUGAUGAAUUAUUAUUAUUAUUUUGAUUGUCAUUUUUAUUUUUAUUUCAGUAGCAGUAUUUUCGUUACAUUUCCCCACAAAGCGCGUGCCUAAUUUUGGUUGCCAGGCGACCGUGAAACAACAAACAAGAUGGCGGACAACGCGCAAAGUGCAGAGGUGGAAAAAAAGAUUCGAGCAGCUUUCGAAGCGUUUGACUACCAAUCAAACAGCACAGUCGAUGUCCGUGAGAUUGGCACCAUCAUCUAUUCUCUGGGCCGCUUCCCCAGUCAGGCAGACCUGCACAACUUCAUAGCUGAGGUGGAAGAGGACCAAACAGGAUACAUCCACCUGGACCGCUUCCUCCCCGCCAUGACCAAAGUUCUGAUGGAACACAAGUUCCCUCCCAUCUCUGAGGACGUGCUGCUUCAAGCGUUUGAGGUUCUUGACAACGAAAAGAAGGGCUCCUUGGACCCGGAUGUUCUGUCGCAGUACAUGAUGGAUGAAGGUGAGGCCUUCACUCAGGAGGAGAUGGACGAGAUGCUGACAGCCCUCACUGACCAUGAGACGAACCUCAUUUACAGCAAAGACUUACUCAACCAUCUCAUCCUGGACCCUGAAGUGUAGACCACGCCACAAUAUGCCUGAUUUGUAAUCAAUGUCCAUUACUGAUUUACUUGGUUUUCAGCAGGGAGUAUUUAACAACAGCUGUUUGUUCAAUGUUUCUACAACCCCAAUUCCAAUGAAGUUGGGACGUUGUGUUAAAUAUAAAAAACAGAAUACAAUGAUUUGCAUGGGACGUUGUGUUAAACAUAAAUACAUGUUUUUAUUUAUGUAUAACACAACAUCCCAACUUCAUUGGAAUUCGGGUUGUAUUUAAAGUAGCAGACCUGUCAUAUUCAUCCUUACCUCUUAAGCAUGCAUUAAUAUCCCUUCUGAUAAUGUACAUAAGAUGCAUAAAUGAUUGAAAUGGGGAAUAUAUUUUGCAAAUGAUAGGCUGAUCAGACUAGACCCGCAGACAAAAGCAUUCACAAAUGUGGAAUGAAAUAAAGAAGCAUAGGUCAUGUCUGGGACUACUUAGUAAUUUGAAGCCACUGAAACAGGACAUAACUUGGUUAAAUAUUCACUAACUUGGUUAAAUAUUCACUUUUGUAAUCAAAUAUGACGUACAUUAGUAACGGUAGGCAACUGAGCAUAUUAAAUUAUAAUUAAAAAAAACAAAAACAAAAAAC